AUGUCCUGUGAUCCUACAGGCGUCUUGAAGCUGGAAUCGACUAGACACAGAGAUUUCAAAAUGGCUCUUGUUGGGCACAAAGAGAUGGCGAAGGCUGGAGGAGCUUCGCUGUGCCGCGGCCUCGGCGGCAGCAGAGGGAGCCCCAGCACCCGGGCCGGCCCCGAGCCCCGAGCCCCGCGCCCCGCGCCCCGAGCCCGGGGGAUCGCAGCGUCGCUGCUGCAUUUCCCGAGCAGCCGCCGGGCCCGCGCAGCUGAAGUUCCCGCGCUCUCGCCCUCGCUGCGGGGGCAGCCUGCGCCCCUCGGGGGGCUCCCGAGAAAGCCCAGGGGGCUUGUCUGGACCCGGUGCCGAGACCUGAGCUGCAGAAGGACUCUGGCCCGGAGGGGGAAAAAAAAAAAGAAAAAAGAAAAAGGCAGUUGGGUGCCCGCAGCUAAGUUGUGGCAAUUGCUUUGCAGCCUCGCAGCCCCGGGAGGCGGCGGGGUUGCCCGGAGCGACCCCCGUGCCCGCGCCCACCGGCGCCCGCUGCAUCCCGGGUACCGCUGGGAAGCAGCCUCCGCCCGCCCGGCGUCGGGAAGCAGGAUCCGGGGAAGGAGCCUAGAAGUGGUUCCUGGAAGGAAAAGAGACACUUCCAAAACCCAGACGAAGAACAGCCCUGCUGCUGUGCACUUUUUUGUUGUUGUUGUUGUUAUUAUUAUUAUUUUUUUGGUUAAUUUUUUUAAGGUGAAUUCCUCAGCUACGCUGGCACCUAGACUGGCAGUCAACCAACUGUUACCAACUGCAUCUGCAUUUAUUCCCAAGUACUCUUUGAGACACUUCCUGAAGUUAUGUGGAAAUGAGAGAAAAUCAUGAGAACCCUCCUUCGGGAAGGCAUAUAUUUCAUCAGCAGAGAUGUGCUUCUCUUGCUUUCAGACCACCCGCAUUGGGGUAGAGCCACAGCUGCCUUCACUUCCAUUUUCAGUGAUUCAUAGACCAUCUGAACAGUGAUGCUUGCCUUGGAUUUACAGAUUUUCAUCCUGAUCCCUUGUUUACUUUGGGGUCGAAACGCUUGCACGCAUUGCCCUCCAUGGU